CGUGACCGUGGCGGCAUCCGGCGACAGUACCAGUAGCGGGAACCAGAGCGGCGGCGGCGGCGGCGGCGGUAGCAGCGGUACGGGUGAAUCGAACGCGCUGCUCUCCAAGCUCGGCAGCUCGCUGUUCGGGGCCACCGGUUCGCCCCAGAAGGUGGUCACCAACAUCCGUGGAUUCCUCUCGAACCGGCUGACCAGCGUGUCGAUACCGGAUACAGGAUGGAAAGAAUCCAUACUUCAGUUGCCGAAGAAAUGGCUCUCGACAUCGGAGGCAGUGGACGAAUUUGGAUUCCCCCAGAUGCUGCCAAAGGUACCGGUACCGACGGUGGAGCAAACGAUGACCGAGUAUCUCCGGGUGCUUCAACCGAUCGUCACGGCGCAACAGCACGAACGAACCAAGACGAUCGUUAAGCAGUUCAGUGCGACCAUCGCACCCGCACUGCAGGAGUACCUACUGCAGAAGCGCGAAUCCGAGGACAAUUGGGCGUACUAUUACUGGCUGAAUGAUAUGUACAUGGACAAUCCGCUCCCGUUACCGAUCAACUCGAACCCGGGCAUGGUGCUGCCGCCGCGCAAAUUCACUACCGUCUACGAUCUGGCCCGCUUCGCCGCCCAGCUCAUCGAUCAGCUGAUGGAACACAAGGAAAUGCUUGAAAGUGGCGGUCUCAAACAGGAAAGGGCAACAUCUCGCGAGAAAGGACAGCCCCUCUGCAUGGCCCAGUACUAUCGGCUUCUGGGAUCUUGCCGACGUCCGGGCAAUCCACGUGACAGCCAGUAUCUGCCACCGCGUGGUGAACAGAGUGAUGCCCAUGUCAUCGUCAGUUGCCGGAAGCACAUGUACUGCCUACCGAUCAAGGCAAGAGAUCGGGGCCGGUUAACCGAGUAUGAACUCACCGCCCAGCUGCUCCACAUUCUAAACGAGGCACCCUGUCUACCGGAAACGGAAGCCACUGUUGGGAUUCUUACGGCCGAUGCACGACCAAAGUGGGCCGCCGAUCGGGAGAUGCUGCUGCUCGAGGAAACCAAUGCACGCAACAUCGAACUGAUCGAGACAGCGCUGGUGCUGGUCUGCAUCGAUGAACCGCUCCCGUUGACCUACAAUGCGCGUGGUUUCAAUGGCUCACCGGCCGGGGCACACUAUGCUGGCGGGCGGGACGAGAGCAACAUGGCACAAGAGAUGAUCCACGGUGGUGGUAGCGCUUUCAACAGUGCCAACCGUUGGUUCGAUAAAACGAUGCAGCUCAUCAUCUGCAACGAUGGCACGUGGGGUCUGUGUUACGAGCAUUCACCCUCGGAAGGUAUCGCCGUCGUCCAGCUGCUCGAGGGUAUCCUUAAGACGAUUGAUGCAGCACAGGCCAAAGAGGAAGAGCCGGAACAGACGCAACAUUCCCAUCUGCCACCGCCGGAACGUCUCGAGUGGAUCGUGAGACCGGAAAUUGCACGUCGCCUUCAGGAGGUAGCGAGAGUCGUGGACAGACGUAUCGAGGAUCUGGACUUUUACGUGUAUCGCUACAAACCGUUCGGUAAGAACUUCAUCAAAGCCUGUCAGGUCAGCCCGGACGUCUUCAUUCAGCUGGCAUUGCAAUUGGCGUACUACAAACUGUAUGGACAUCUGGUCAGCACGUACGAGAGUGCAUCCACAAGGCGGUUCAUGCUGGGACGGGUCGACUGUAUACGUUCCGCAAGCCAGGAAGCGCUCGAGUGGGCCACAGCGAUGUGCCAGGGCGAGGGUCCCAACGUGACGCUCGAGAGCGACAAGGAGGACGACUACAGCGCCGAAGCCGCCGCGGAUGUGAAAAAAGUAACUUUCAGUAUAUACAGUCGAGACCAUCUCAGGGAGCUAUUCCGAUGUGCGGCCGCCCGGCAGACCGAGGUUAUGGUACAGAACAUCCUGGGCUACGGCAUUGACAUACAUCUGCUUGGGUUGCGUGAGGCAUGCCGCGAGCGUGAAGGCACCCUGCACGAUCUGUUCACCGACGAGUGCUACAAGAUCGCUAACUGUUUCCUUCUCUCCACCAGCCAGGUGGCCUGCUCCACCAACAGUUUCAUGGGGUAUGGGCCCGUCACCCCACACGGUUACGGUGCAUCGUACAAUCCGCACCCCAACGAGAUCAUCUUCUGUAUUUCGGCCUUCUUCUCGUCGGAUAAGACGAGUGCAUCGCGUUUCGCCCGUUCACUCCAGGAUUCGCUCGAUGCUAUGCGCGAUCUGCUGUCCUAAGCGGGCCGAGAGGAGCGCUUUCGAUCAAACACGCUUUAUCUUUCUUCUUCUCUUUCAACAGCUCUCGUACAGCGUGUCGGUGGCCUUAAAGGAGACAGUAAUGGAUCAGGAUAAUGGUGGACAGAGAUCGGAGAUAACGGAACAUAUCAGCAAACGAAACUUAUCAGUAAACGAAACAUAUCAGUUUUACCAAACGGUCCGAGAAUCGUGCAAACGCCGAUCGGGACAACCAAAGAAACGAAAACAUAUCAUUAGUCGAUAAGGAAAACUCGAAACUCCACAAGAGUUCAAACGAAACAUAUCAAGAUUCAUAUCACAAAUGCAGGUGAUGCUAGCUUAUAGGUACCGGGUAGCGCAGGAAUUGUUGAUCGCGAGCUUUUGUUUCCUUGCGAUUGGUUUGCUGCUUGAAUUGCGAACCAUUCGCCAUUAGCAGUAUUCGCUUGUCUAGUUUUAAAAAGUAAAGUACUUCAGAAGCUUUGAUCGUGUAGCAGCAAUAUCAGCGUAUAGCCACCAUGCAUAUCGUUUUUGAUAAAAGCAGAUAAAUUUACUAUGGCUACGUUUUACUUAGGAAAUACUAAUGAAAUGUUGGAUGAAUCGUAAAUGAAUCGUUCUUAAAGAGCAAUGUUAGGUUGUUAAAUGUUAAACUUGUACAAUUAAUUUAAAUGUGUUAUUUUACACUUAAAAGGCUAAAAGCACUUGAAACUGAUAUGACCUACAAUUUACCACAUUUACGUUCGCAGCAUUCGUUAGCCGACUAAAGGAGAACAUGCUUUAAACCACGUUUACAAUGUUCAAGGAACUUAAUUACAGGUCUGUUACAAUUAGUUUAUACCUGUUGUUACUGUUAAACAUAAAAGUACAAUAUGUUGAACUGCUGCUGUCUAAGGCAUCAUCUGUUAUAUUAAAGUUGAUUUAACAUGAGUAUGCCUGUUACAAUGUCUACUUAAAACAAACGUUGCCGUUGCGAGAAUCAAUAAUGACUAUUUAUACCGUCUAUAAUAUUCGGUGUUUGGCUUAGUAAUGUUUUCUUUACGCGUUAUUUGUACUAUUAGUGUACGCGUUGGCUUGGUAGAAAGGUUGAUAUAAACCAGUUUCUAGAAGUUGAACAAAACUUGGACUACCGGAAAUGGCACGAUAAUGUCAACGCCGUCCUUUCCGAGUUUUCUGAGAAGCCUGUACGUGAGCUAAAGUACGCCCGCACCAGUAUAUCUUGUCCAACAAUUAGGAGAGAGCCUAGUGCAAUUGUCAAACCGGUCAGUUGAGUAAUUCGAUAAUAAUUAACAAAAUUAAAGCAUCAAUUGGCGAGCAUACAUUCGAUGCCCGAUAGCAGAAUAUAUUAACAAUGAACCACCACGUAGCGUAAGAAAAACCCUUGGCGCAUGGUCGAUGCCCUAUGGGUUUAGCAGCGUUUGUUAUAAAGCUUUGACAACUCCGGGAUGACUCAACUAUGGAACAUGGUAAUCCUUUAAUCGUGCGAAUAACAAUAGACGGUACCAGUUUCAUCGAUAGGCAUCUGGUGGAUUUGUCAUGUAAGUAGAACAUAUCAUAAGAUAUCCAAAUACAUAUCGAUAACAAUCCCUACUCAGCUCCCAGGACGGAGGUGGUUGUAUCUCUACACAUGUCACAUUCUUGAGAAAGUACAUUUAAAUGUUUAACGUGAAUCCACCAGCUGCUCCCCUUAUACUACUACCAUCAGUGUGUACGUAUGUAUCUGGGGCGAGGCGCAAGUGUUUUCACCAACUAGAGUUGAGACGCAAUAUGAAAGCUAUGAUAACAUGAUUGGAUAAAGUGAAGUGAAUGGGCAACAGAUAAGGUAUUAGUGUUUGCAUGUUUCCUUUGGCUAAAGCCUAUCGCUAUCGAAAGUAUUGCUUGUGAUGUAUGCGAAAGCAAAAUGUUAGUGUUCAUUGAACUAUGUUCAUAUUCUAUAUACGGUAUCUCCACGCGGGUUCCAGUAUUUUGGAACGGCGAAGGUCAACCAGUACCAAGGGAGAACCUUUCGGAGAAAACCCAACCCUAGUUGGUAGCAGAAAAUACUGUUAAUUGUUAUCACUAUUAGCGAGUGGCUUGACAUACCUAAUGCAACUGAGACAAACCGAUCGAAUAUAACGAAAGUUACUAUGAAAUGCAUGAAAUUUGUAACAUCUCAGAUGGAAAGUCUAUCGCGCAUAUCAGACAAAAGCGCAGCUCAUGGAACAGGAAGGUCGUCAUCAUAGGCUUGUCUGAUAUUGUAGGCUGGACGUGAAUGCAAAUGUACGGUGUAUAACCUGCGUGAAACCUAAUAAAGAAUAGACGUUUGAAGAAAC